AUGUCCGUCACUCUCCACACCACCCACGGCGACAUCAAGAUCGAGGUGUUUUGCGAAAGCGUGCCCAAGACAGCAGAGAAUUUCCUCGCGCUCUGUGCGUCGGGCUACUACGAUGCCUCCCCCUUUCACCGCCUGAUCCCCAAGUUCAUGGCACAGACCGGCGCCCCCGCGACACCAACCCCCGAGAACCCCAAGGGCGGCCGGUCCAUCUGGGGCGGCGCGUUCGAGGACGAGAUCCGCCCAGCCCUGAAGCACGGCGGUCGUGGCGUCGUGUCCAUGGCGAACAAGGGCCCGUCGACAAACGGCUCGCAGUUCUUCAUCCUCUUCGACAAGGCGCCCCAUCUGGAUGGCCUCAAUACCGUCUUUGGCAAGGUGAUUGGGGACGAGGGGCUGGCGACACUCGCCAAGAUGGAGGCUGUAGAGGUCGACAAGAAGAAUCGACCCAAGGAGACGGUCCGUAUUGACUCAGUCACGAUCCAUGCCAAUCCGCUGGCUGGCUGA